UGAUUUUUCUCUACAUGACACAUGGCAAAUCAUGAUUGGCUAGAGGAAUGAUUUUAUCUAGCAGGCAAGAUAGAGAUGAGACUAGGAGAGGAGGAGCAAUGUCGAUUUCUUCGUUGGGGUCUGCUAUCUCAAGGCCAACUCCUUCAUCAUCUUCAAAUACGUACUUAGUAAGCUCUUCUCGCAUCUCUGGGCUCGCUACGUCUUCUUUGUUAUGGACAAAGAACAAGUCUCACCACAGAAACACAAAGCUCAAGCAAAAGCUAUGUGUUAGAAAUUCAGCUCAAGAGAUUCCACAGACACUUGAGGAAGAUUCAAAGUUUGUACCUCUGGAUCCCCAAGAUCCUCGAUUUGGCCCUCCAGUUUUGCUGUUGCUAGGCCUUACACUUCAUGAAGCACAAAAGAUACAAGAGCUUCUUAAGGAGCUCAAUGGCGAAUUCAUGGAGAUUGUCAUCUGUACAGAGUAUAUGAUCCCGCGUUCGUUAUGGGAAGCAGUUAACACAAAACAGCCUGACCUGAAGAGAGUGAAAAUUGCGCAGUCACUGCCUCGAAUCUGCUUCUUAUCUGGUUUGACAGGAGAGGAGAUGAUGAUGUUCAUUGAUGCAUUCCCAGAGACUGGGCUGGAACCAGUUGUGUUUGCAGCUAUGGUUCCAAACAGUGCUGAUAAACCUAUCUCUGAAUUAACCGAAGAAAUCAUGGGAGAUCAUGAGUUAUUGACCGGUAGCGGUUCCAGCUGAAAGUUUUGGGUGAGGAAGACAGCAGGACAGCUUUGAAGUUACACAGGGUUUCUGCAACAUGACUCUCUAUAAGUUGGGCAUUCUACAAAGCAUAGUGUGUUCAAGAGUGUAUAGUCUUCAAAUAAAGAGGUGAGAUGCACAACAAUGUAAUCAUCAAAUUAAGAACAGAUACACAAGUGCCCUUAUUCUAGUUGAAAGGCCACUUGGACAAAUAUCCCCAGGCAUCAAUCAAAUCUAAAAUGAAGACAAAACCA